AUGGGUUCUAUUGAGGAAAACAAGACCACUGCUCGGGGCUUCGGCACUCUCGCCGUCCACGCUGGCGCCCCCCAUGAUCCCGCCACCGGCGCUGUGAUUGAGUCGAUCUCGCUCUCCACAACGUUUGCUCAGACCAGCGUCGGUAACCCCGUCGGUCUGUACGAGUACACCCGCAGCUCCAACCCCAACCGCGACAACUUUGAGCAGGCCGUGGCUGCUCUCGAGCACGCCAAGUACGCUCUUGCCUACUCCUCCGGCUCCGCCGCUACCGCCAACAUUCUCCAGUCCCUCGCCGCAGGAUCCCACGUUGUCUCUGUCUCCGAUGUCUACGGCGGCACCCAUCGCUACUUCACCAAGGUCGCCUCCGCUCACGGCGUUGAGGUCACCUUCACCCCUACGAUCGAGUCUGACAUCGAGAAGUUGAUCCGUCCGGAGACCAAGCUUGUCUGGAUCGAGACGCCGUCCAACCCCACUCUCGGCCUGGUCGACAUCCGUCUUGUCGCCGACAUUGCCCAUAGCCAUGGCAUCCAGGUGGUCGUUGACAACACCUUCAUGAGCCCCUACGUGCAGAACCCCCUGGACCACGGCGCCGAUCUCGUCGUUCACUCUGUGACCAAGUACAUCAACGGUCACUCUGAUGUCUGCAUGGGAGUUGCUGCCUUCAACUCCGACGCUCUCAAGGAGCGUCUCUCAUUCCUUCAGAACGCCAUCGGCGCUAUUCCCUCUCCGUUCGACUGCUGGCUGGCCCACCGUGGUCUGAAGACCCUGCACCUGCGCGCUCGUGAGGCCACUACCAACGCUACCGCCGUGGCCCUGGCCCUCGAGGCUUCUCCCCACGUCACCUCCGUCAACUACCCCGGUAUUGAUUCCCAUCCUCAGCGUAAGAUCGCUAUCAAGCAGCACCGCAACGGUAUGGGUGGUGGUAUGUUGAGCUUCCGCAUCAAGGGUGGCCAGGCGGCUGCCCAUGACUUCUGCAAGUACACCAAGGUGUUCACUCUUGCCGAAUCCCUGGGUGGUGUUGAGUCCCUCUGUGAGGUCCCUUCCAGCAUGACCCACGCGGGUAUCCCCAAGGAGCAGCGUGAGAUUGCCGGUGUCUACGAUGACCUUGUCCGUCUCAGCUGUGGUGUCGAGGAUGCCGCCGAUUUGACUACGGAUGUGCUUCAGGCUCUGGAGCUGGCCAGCGCAGCCAACGGCAGCGCCUGA